GGCGGGCCGCGCCGCGCUCGCCGCGCUCCGGGGCCCGAGGCCGCCGCUGUUCGCGCUCCCCGCAGGCCCCGCCGGGACCCCGAUGUGAGCGGCGGGCGGGCACGGGCGGCCCGGGCACCGCCACCCGCCGGGGCUCCGCGGGAAGAUGACAUCGCGGAGAUGGUUUCAUCCAAAUAUUACUGGGGUGGAGGCAGAAAACCUGCUGUUAACAAGAGGGGUGGAUGGCAGCUUCCUGGCACGGCCCAGCAAAAGUAACCCAGGAGACUUUACCCUCUCUGUCAGACGAACUGGAGCCGUGACCCACAUCAAGAUCCAGAACACGGGGGACUACUAUGACCUCUAUGGGGGAGAGAAGUUUGCCACGCUGGCUGAGCUGGUGCAGUACUACAUGGAACACCAUGGGCAGCUCAAGGAGAAGAAUGGAGACGUCAUAGAGUUGAAGUAUCCGCUGAACUGUGCUGAUCCUACGUCAGAGAGGUGGUUUCAUGGACACCUCUCUGGAAGAGAAGCUGAAAAGCUCUUAACAGAGAAAGGCAAACAUGGAAGUUUCCUUGUGCGGGAGAGCCAGAGCCACCCUGGGGACUUUGUCCUCUCUGUGAGGACAGGAGAUGAUAAAGGAGAGAGCAAUGAUGGCAAAUCCAAGGUGACACACGUCAUGAUCCACUGCCAGGAGCUGAAAUACGACGUUGGGGGAGGGGAGAAGUUCGACUCUCUGACAGACCUGGUGGAACAUUACAAGAAGAACCCCAUGGUGGAGACUUUGGGCACGGUGCUGCAGCUCAAACAGCCCCUGAACACGACCCGAAUUAACGCCGCCGAGAUCGAGAGCCGCGUGCGGGAGCUCAGCAAGCUGGCCGAGACCACGGACAAAGUCAAGCAGGGCUUCUGGGAGGAGUUUGAGACUCUGCAGCAGCAGGAAUGCAAACUCCUCUACAGCCGUAAGGAAGGGCAGCGCCAGGAGAACAAGAACAAAAAUAGAUACAAAAACAUCCUCCCCUUUGAUCACACCAGAGUUGUGCUUCACGAUGGGGAUCCCAAUGAACCUGUUUCAGAUUAUAUCAAUGCUAAUAUUAUUAUGCCUGAGUUUGAAACCAAGUGCAACAACUCCAAGCCAAAAAAAAGCUACAUUGCUACUCAAGGUUGCCUACAGAACACAGUGAAUGAUUUCUGGAGGAUGGUGUUCCAGGAGAAUUCCAGAGUUAUUGUUAUGACCACAAAAGAAGUGGAAAGAGGAAAGAGUAAAUGUGUCAAGUACUGGCCUGAUGAGUAUUCCCUGAAGGAAUACGGGGUGAUGCGUGUCCGGAACGUUAAGGAGAGCGCAGCACACGAUUACACACUAAGAGAGCUUAAACUUUCCAAAGUUGGGCAGGGGAACACGGAGAGGACAGUGUGGCAGUACCACUUCCGCACCUGGCCCGACCACGGCGUUCCCAGUGAUCCUGGCGGCGUCCUGGACUUCCUGGAGGAGGUGCACCACAAGCAGGAGAGCAUUCCUGAUGCCGGACCCGUCGUGGUCCACUGCAGUGCUGGGAUUGGCCGAACAGGAACGUUCAUUGUGAUUGAUAUUCUUAUUGACAUCAUCAGAGAAAAAGGUGUGGACUGUGAUAUCGAUGUUCCAAAGACCAUCCAGAUGGUGAGAUCCCAGAGAUCAGGAAUGGUGCAGACAGAGGCUCAGUACAGGUUUAUUUACAUGGCAGUGCAGCACUACAUCGAAACCCUCCAGCGCAGGAUCGAGGAGGAGCAGAAGAGCAAGAGGAAAGGUCACGAGUACACGAACAUUAAAUAUUCUUUAUCGGACCAGACGAGUGGGGAUCAGAGCCCUCUCCCGCCCUGCACCCCGACCCCAACCUGUCCAGAAAUGAGAGAAGAUAGUGCUAGAGUAUAUGAAAAUGUGGGGCUGAUGCAACAGCAGAAGAGUUUCAGAUGAGAUGAUGUUCAGAGCCUUCCAUGCCAAGGCAGAAAUUAAUCUGGUUUUUAAAAAGGUCAAGAAAGAGACGGAAGAAGCUUCACAAGAACAGUGAACUCUGAGGGCUUGGUACCUUUUUAUUUACGGUUGUAAUCCUUCACCAGUAGGCAAAACUUCAGACCAUCUAAAGAUUGGGUUUUAUCUCUUCUCUCCAAUACCUGAUUUGCUCGUUUUCCAAAUAAAAGGAAAUCCUUUCUACAACGUAGACAGCUACUUUGUAGAGUCACUUCCGAAUCCUGCAAACCGUUGGACUGUCAUCCAUGUGUUUUUUAAAUAGUGUUUUUGUUUCA